AUGCAAACGCCUGGGCAUGAACCUCACGACACAGAUGUUCGUGACCUUGAGAAGGCUGUCAACCAUCAUGCCCACAACGAGUACCAGGAUCGUACGCCGCCCAGCGAGACCGAGAAGGGCGAGCGGCUGGCUCUGGCUCCAACUGUGAGCAAAGGGCCAACUGUACAUGAGAGGAUGAAUGGCCAGCUCUUUAUGACCCUGCUGUGCAUGUCCUUCCUUUGGAUCGGUUCGCAAAUUCCAUUGUUCUUGUUCGGUUCAGUCCUACCUCUCAUCUACAACGACAUUGGCGGUGUCGAUCGAUGGGUGUGGUUUGUCAUUGGCUACCUCAUUCCGAAUGCGGCUCUCUGUCCGUUCGUGGGUGCCCUUUCAGAUCUAUUCGGUCGCCAGAAGGUUGCGAUCGUUGGACAGGUGUGCCUCAUCGUGGGUCCGAUCAUCACAGCAACAGCGAACACGAUGAACAUUGCUAUUGCUGGCAAUGUCUUCUCUGGAAUCGGCGCCGGACUCAAUGAGCUCAUUGCUCUCGCCGGAACAGCCGAAGUUGUGCCCGUCAAGGACCGUGGCAAGUACGUCGGUCUGGUCGUCAUCACCAUCUUACCUUUCUGCCCCUCGGUGCUGUGGGCUCAGCUCAUCGCUCAAGCCAGCAACUGGCGCUACAACGGUAUUCUUAUCGGUGUCUGGAACUUCGUCGGUCUUUUGCUCUGCAUCUUCUGCUACCAUGAUCCUUCUCGACUUACUGCGGAGUACACUGCGACUCACGUCCUGAAGCGUAUCGAUUAUAUCGGUGGUAUUCUUAGCAUUGGUGGUAUCACGACCUUCAUGAUGGGUCUGCAGUGGGGAGCCUCUCAGUACGUCUGGGGAAGCCCGCACAACAUCGUACCCCUUGUCAUCGGCAUCGUCAUGAUCGUUGCCUUCUUCGUGUGGGAGUUCUUUGCGCCUCAUCCAAUGGUUCCCCGUGCUUUAUUCCACAAGGCCAAAAAGACCAUGAUCAUUAUUCUCUUGAUCACCUUCCUCAGUGGUGGCAACUUCUUUGUUCUACUACUUUUCUGGCCUACACAAAUCUACAAUGUAUAUGGUGAUGACCCCAUCGGUGUCGGUGUCCGAUCCCUGCCCAUCGGAUUCGGUAUCGUCGUCGGUGCUGCUAUCUGUCUGGUCCUCAUCCCCGUCACUAAGGGUCGCAUCCGAUUGCUGCUCUGCGUCUUCACAGCCAUGAUGACUGCUGGUACCGGAGCCAUGGCCGUGUCUACACCACAGAACCUCAACCUCAUGUAUGCCCUUGCGACUAUUGCAUCUCUCGGUGUCGGCGGUGUCAUCAUACCAUGCUCGAUUAUUGCGCAGAUAGCCUGCCCGGACGAGCUCAUUGCAACGGUCACUGCCAUUACGCUCAGUCUGCGCUACAUUGGUGGAGCCAUCACCUUUGCGAUUGGUUCCAACCUCUUCUACCACCACAUCACUGAAUACGCAACCGAGCUCGUUGCAACCAAGACGAUUGCCGGAAACGCUAUCGUCAACCCAUUCAGACCUGAAGGACUAGCGCUCAUUAAGCACAUGACAGAGCUUGUCGCGAACGCUCAGUUCGAUGAGCUGCGCGAGAUCCUUGCGACAAGCCCUCUGGUUCUGAAUAGGAAUACCUACGGUCUUAUUGUUGCAAGUGCACAGGAAUCCUUUGCUCUGGCGUACCGAUGGCCGUACUGGAUUUCGAUUGCUUUUGGAGGAGCGUGCUUUAUCCUGAGUAUCUUCGUUGGUGACAUCGGUGCGCUGUUGGACAGCCACAUCGCUGCUGCAAUCUAA